GAGCUCAACCGGCAGCACCAGGAUGAGCUGAACGCCCUCAAGACCAGCUACCAGGAUCUCAAGUCUCAGCUGAUUCAGCUGGGGCUCGAUCACGCCAAGGCCCUCAAAGCCGCUGAAGUGAGCGCAGCGGCCAAGUUGGACGAGGCUCUGGAGGAUGCUUCCAAUGCCACUGUGGUGUUGCGGGCAGAGCUGGAGGAGAUGGCCAAGGCCCGGAAGGGCGCCGAGGAGAAGGCCGCGCGGCUGGAGGAGGAGCGUAAAGAGUGCGAUCAGCUGAUCCUGCAGACCGAUACACUUGCCCUCCGCCUCUUUCCGGACUCGCAGAGGUACGCUGUCAAGAAGGUCGAUGCGCAACGCAAGGACAAAGGCCAAGCGGAUCUUACUGUGCCAUGGACGCCGAAGGACCAUCUGGUCGCGCUUAACGCGCGGGUGUCCCAUAUGCGCUGCAUAGACCGCAAUCUUUCGGACAUCCCUGAUGUAGCUACCCAGCUAUACAGGACUUUGUGGCCUGGCGAGGCGGUGCCGGACACCUUCUCCCUCAUCAGCGACCGUCUGAAAGGUGCCGGCAAGAGGAUCCGCGAGUGGCAGUGCUCUGCUGCCCGUGCUGGAGCGGACUCCGCCCUCCGCGUCGCCUGCUCCUGGUACCCGGAGCUCAACCUGGACGCACUUACCGGUGUGCGCGAAGGUGCAGAAACGGAUCUGGACCCGAUCCUCUCCGCCAAGCGGCAGGAUCGCGCGUACCGCAUCGCGGAGUAUGCCGACAUGCGCACCUUCAUCCCUCCCCCUCCUGGCGUCACGGAUUAUCUCGACGAGGAGGAGGAUGAAGCCGAAGAAGAGGUCCUGGGCGAUGCUGGUGCCGGCGAUGCUCCUCCGGAAGCCCCUGCUGCAUGAUGAUUUCCUUUGAAGUGUUUGCUCAUUAUAUCUGUUGGUCCUGUUGCUUUAAGACAAUA